GAGCGAGUUGAACGCACCUGUAUUUUCCUCGUUUCGGUAAAAAUAUUUCCGGGACAGCACAGCACGGGGAAAUACCGUGCGAGUUCCAAAAUAUUUCGUUUUAAAGGAGAUAUAUUCGUAUCGAUAUGCACAGCCGGAAAUAUACGUGUGUUAGUGCCGGGGAUGAAUAAGAAUGCCAUGCUCUUGCAAUCAUUUCCGUCCCUAUUUCGUCCAAUUUGUUCUUAUUCGCGUUUUGAAUCCAUCACCGACCAAUACCAAGGAUGUUGGAGAAAAUUCUACAUAGUUUCUGUGAUUUCAUUUGCUCGUAUAUAUGUUGAAAAGUAGAAACGUCCAAGAUGAACUGUAUCCGACGUUUGUGUCGCGAAUUCGCACUGAAACCAGGUCGUCCUCGUGAAAUAAUUGGAGCAAAGUUGUGUAUGAUAUAUGAACAGGCCUAUUUUCGACCAGUUACUGGAGCAAGGACUGCUUAACGAGUUACGGAAGCGGAAGAUCUUAACGCUUUCGUUGCUAUAUUUUACUGCCGAUUGUACGUGCAGCACACGGUCGUUGACGAUUUACAUUGUUACACGGGUCCAAAGUUAAAGGAAAGCUUUAUUGGAAAAGUGGAACGAGACAGAAAGGGGCUGCAAUGACGGAAGGAACUGCAGCUCGAGGAAAUCGUCGAUCAGGGUACCUGAACGAAGAUGAAUUAAUCAGAAGCUCGCGAUAUCGAAAACACGUAAAGGAGAGUAUCGAAGAAAUUGGUGGUGGCGCAGGCGCGAGGAACGUGGCGCGCAGCAAGAGCCGCAUUUUCACGAGCAGUUGGCCUAAAGGCGUCGCAGAUCGAGCACGCGAAACACGAGUCGCCCAGUAUCCGUGAAAAGACACGAGGUUUCGCGUGACGUCGCUAUCCCAACUCGCAGAUAAGUGUUUUCGAAAUACCAAAAACUUAUUUCGCUCGGACCGGAUCGACGAUAAAUAUUCCGAAAGUAAUCGACUACCGAUUUGAAUAUCAUCGAAAUGAUCGCGGAAACAAUUUCACCGCUCGCGCAAGCUACGAUGAACGAUGGUUUUCGCUCGUGAGCGGAACGUAUCAAGUUUUCUGGAAGGUCGAAGGAAGCCACGAUCAAUCGUCCAUGGAUAGGACCAGCCUGCGCGAUACGUGAAAUUUGGUCGCGGUGAAGUAUUUCGAACAGGACGCGAAACGUGACGCGAAACGUGACUCGACUCGAAGUAACGAGAUCGCGCAAGUCCCAGGGUUCGACCAACUUUCCCAGACACACUGACGUGGUACAUCGUGCCGCUGACAAGCAAGCAAGCAAGCGAUGUACGCCUCUCGAUCUUCCUACGACGUCGCAUCGAUUCAAAGAUAAAUAGAAUAAAUAGAAACACGUGUCACCGAGAAGAAUCUAAAAUCCAAGUUCGGAAUAAACUUGAAAUACGAACACCAGCGAAAAACGUUUCCUGCCAGUCAUACAACAAGCAACGCAUCGAAAGAAAUUUAGCUGUCGUAUUUAUCGAUAGACGAAGAUCGUAAUGCUGUCGGAAUAAAUAUCGCACAACUCGGCCCAUAUAGAACUUUAAAGACGUUCAUCGCGGCCUGACCUGCGAAUUAUCCGUUGAUCUAUCCAAGCCGAGAAACAACUGUUCGUCUAAGAUAUUCACCGGUCAAUGAAUCGAACGAACCUCUGCAUUGCCAACAGAAGUCCGACCAAGUUCGACCAAACUCGACCGCUGGAACGAUGAACAACCGGGGACUUAGCAUCGAAAAAACGUGCACAAUCCGGCCAGUUUACACCGUAUAAAUUGUCUGCCAGCUAAAACACGAAGUCUUUCUUUCAGCCUCGACAUUUCGUUGGAAAAAAUAGAAAGAACAAAGAGGGAAUUAAAAGACCUAGGAUCGCUAGAGGCUACUUUGAUUUUUCAUUUCUAUGAGAUAAAACAUAACAAGCAGAGACACCUGAACAAUGAACGAUUUUUGCGAAAAAGAUAUCGAGAGCAAAAUGUCGAUCGAAGUGAGAGCGGGUCGACCAACAAUGCCAACGAUUCCACAAUCCAAGAGACCAACAAUUCUAGUUUAUCCAACAGUAACUCCAGAGAGUAUCAUCAUCCCAAUAGUAUCAUGCAUACUCGGAUUUCCAUUGUUGGCUCUAAUGGUCAUCUGUUGUUUAAGAAGAAGAGCAAAGCUCGCCAGAGAGCGAGCACGAAGAAGGAAUUGUGAUCUAGAUCACGGAGCACUCAGUCUCGUUCGUUUUAGUCCUGUCCACCGUUUAGCAUCGAAAGAGGAUUUAGCUGGAAUUGAUCGUCCAACAAGAACAGUAUCGUUACGAAGCGAUCGAGGAUCUAGAGCUUUUCCAUCACUGGAACUAGACACUGUCGUUGAAGAACGGUCGGAUCCUGAACAGAGCACUGCAUUGGAACUUAGUAGUCCAGAUUAGCAUCCAGUUUUGGUACCGCCUAGGUCAGAUUCUUAUUUUCUGUCUCCACGAUCAUCUAAAUCGGUGGUACCAUUAUCCGUGGAUCAUAGCCCUCUAUGGACAGCAUUAACACACGCUAACGCUGUAUCCUCUGCUCUUGGUGAUACCUAGCAGGAAGUGGAAGAGGGCGGCUACAUCGAAGCUCUCGUACUCGACUUACCCAUAAUAUAUUAAGAGAUUUAUAAGAUAUGUAUGUAUUACGACAAAUUAGUACAUGAGAUCGUGAACAAUAAUGAAACUGAUCGUAAGGAGGAUCUUCGAUACAAAACAAUUUGAAAUCUGAGGACAUUAUACGGAAUAUGGAUAUUUACAAGCAAGUUUUGCACUCGUAUAUAAAAUUAACGACUAAAUUUUAUACUGUCAAACUGUACAAGAUUCUAUGAACAAGCUGCUUUUUAUAUCAUGAAAAACUUAUAACGAGGCAACAAACGCUACAUCAUUAGUGUAAAUAAAAAAUUGUUAAUACCAUGUACAAACAAAAAUCACAAUAUGUAAAUAAAUGAUUAUAAAACACUGUCUAUACAACACCUACAUUCUGUUUUUACGAAAUUUAUACAACGUGUACACGUUACAGCUGAUUUUUGCGUUGUCAGUGUAAAAUAUUAUUCCACAUUUAUGAGUGUAAAUAAUAUAAUUAUAAACAACAAAAAAUGA